AUGGAUGUAAGAGACAUCACUGCAUCGACUGCGGGAAUGAGCCUGGAUGACGAGGAACUGGGCGUACGGUUUGAGGACGAAGGAUAUACGAUUGCGGUUCCACAACAAGAACGUCACACAUGGACGUUAGUCGGUAGAUUCCUAACUGACCGAAUUCUGAAGGUGGAGGUGAUGAAACGGGUUAUGGCCUCGGCAUGGCGGCCAUUGAUGGGAAUUGAGAUUACGGAUGUUAGUCCGAACUUAUAUCUCUUUACAUUCUUUGACGAGACGGACAUGCGUCGGGUGUUGGAGGAAGGUCCUUGGGCGUUUGAAAACGCAACGUUUCUUUGCCAGGUGCUGAAUAAUGGGGAAGAUCCGACGCAGGUAAUACUCAACACGGUGGAUUUCUGGCUGCAGGUUUAUGAUAUUCCAUUGGGAUACCGAACUGUAAAAGUGCUGGAGCGGAUCGGGGAUUUUGCGGGAUUGUUUUUACGUUGUGAUGAACGUAAUUUUGAAAGGCCGUGGACUUCAUUCUAUCGAGUACGUAUAACACAUGAUGUUUCGGUCCCGUUGAAAUGA